UUUACAUCACUAUUCAAGAGUCGGAAAAAUUGUAUAAAUCGUAAGAAAAUUCCGUUUUUAUUAUUGUAUUUCUAAAAUACAAUAAAAGUUUAACUAAAUACUGCUACUUUAAGGAAAAAUAAGGAAAUUCAAGGCAACUGAAAGUAAAUAAUUAUAAAAAUUUUAGAUUCUGCAUUUGUCCAAAAUAACAGGAGAAGAAGAAGCACUCACACAAUACUCAGUUGCAGCUAGAGAAGGAAAUAUUCCAGAAAGUUUGUUAGCAGUAGAAGCAGCAUAAAAAGGAAACGCAAAUAAAUUGUGAAUUUUUAUACAAUAGAAAACUUUAAAAAAGAAAUUUUACAAAAAAAAAAAAAUUAAAUAUUUUCUUUGCAAAUUUCUAAUAACUAAAUUGCUAACUAUAGUUUAAUUAUAUAUACAUAAAGAAAAACAGCAGAAAAAAAGAAAAUGACGUCUCUCGAACCAAAUGUGAAUCGUUUGCAAAAUUUCAAAAACAAAGGCAAGGAUCAAGAGGAAAUGCGUCGUCGACGCAAUGAAGUCACAGUGGAAUUACGUAAAAAUAAACGUGAAGAGACAAUCCUCAAGCGCCGCAAUGUUCCCAACAUGGAUUCGAACACAGACGAAGAUGAUCAGUUACCAAAUCAAAUAAAUUUGAAAAAAUUAGCCGAAGCUGCUGCUGAUUCAUCAAAACCCGAACAACAAUUGGCUGCUGUACAAGCUGCACGCAAAUUACUCUCCUCUGAUAAGAAUCCACCCAUCAAUGACUUGAUUAAGAGUGAUAUAUUGCCCAUUCUAGUUGAUUGCCUAAAACAACACAAUCAGACAAUGCUACAGUUUGAAGCUGCCUGGGCUUUAACCAACAUUGCUUCGGGUACAUCAGAACAAACAAAUGAAGUGGUGGGCGCCGGUGCUGUACCACUCUUCUUACAGUUGUUGUCAUCACCCGCUCCAAAUGUCUGCGAACAGGCCGUCUGGGCUUUGGGUAAUAUUAUUGGUGAUGGUCCCGAAUUGCGUGAUUAUGUCAUCAAACACGGUGUGGUACAGCCACUGUUGUCAUUCAUCAAACCAGACAUACCCAUAUCAUUUUUACGCAACGUCACCUGGGUUAUUGUGAAUUUGUGCCGCAACAAAGAUCCACCACCACCAGCUGCUACCAUUCAUGAGAUUUUGCCCGCUUUAAAUAUUUUGAUUCAUCAUACCGACACCAAUAUCCUGGUCGAUACCGUCUGGGCCAUUAGCUAUUUAACCGAUGGCGGUAAUGAUCAAAUUCAAAUGGUCAUCGAAAGUGGUGUUGUACCCAAAUUGAUUCCCCUUUUGGGUCAUGCCGAGGUUAAAGUACAGACCGCAGCUUUGCGUGCCGUUGGCAAUAUUGUUACCGGUUCGGAUGAACAAACACAAGUGGUGCUCAACUAUGAUGCUCUUGCGUUCUUCCCAGCUUUGUUGUCGCAUCAAAAGGAGAAAAUACGCAAAGAAGCCGUCUGGUUCUUGUCCAACAUAACGGCGGGCAAUCAAUCACAAGUUCAGGCUGUCAUCAAUUGCGGCUUGCUGCCUAAGAUCAUCGAGAAUCUACGUAAUGGUGAAUUCCAAACGCAAAAAGAAGCCGCUUGGGCCAUUAGCAAUUUGACGAUCAGCGGUAAUCGUGAACAGGUGUUUACACUCAUAAAAGAGGGCGUCAUACCUCCAUUCUGUGAUUUGUUAUCAUGCCAAGAUACCCAGGUUAUCAAUGUGGUUUUAGAUGGUCUUAACAAUAUGCUCAAAAUGGCCGAGAGUCAUGUUCAAGAUGUAGCCAAUUUAAUUGAAGAAUGCGAUGGUCUCGAAAAGAUUGAAAAACUACAAAAUCACGAAAAUGUGGAAAUCUAUAAGUUGGCCUACGAAAUUAUCGAACAGCACUUCUCUGACGAGCCUGAACAAGCUUCGAUGGUACCAACAUCUGAUGGCACUCAAUAUCAAUUUGAUCCAAAUGCCGAUAGUAGAUUACCGAACACAUUUAAUUUUUAACAAAAUUUCCCUUAUUUUUCAAUGUGACCAUGAUUUGAAUAUGUUGUCUUGUUAAUUUGCAAACAACCAAAAUCUUUUUUUUUUAUAUAUACAAAUAUAAAUAUAUAUUUAAUUUAGUAACAUACAACAAAACGGAAACAAAGCAAAAGAGAGAAAAAAGAAGGAUUUAUCAAAUAAUAACAAACGAAAGCAACUGCAACAAAAACAACAACAACAUCAUCAUAAUGAAUGAGUCCAUGAUAAUUUAAUUAUUGUAAUUUAAUACUUUAUAUAAACAAAAAGAAAUAUCUAUAUAUAUAUAUAUAAUUCUAUAUAUAAAACCAAACAGUUUAAUUGAAUUUUUGAGUUUUAAACACAUGAAAAAGAAAAAAAAGCAAAAAUAACGAAAUUUAUCCCUUGACUUCCUUUCUUUUGAAGUUUUAAUUUUUUCCCUGAAAAAAACAAAAAAAAGUAUCAUCAUUAUAUAUAAUUUUUCUUUUUCUACUAUAGAAAAUUAUUUUUUCUUUUUAUUUUUUUUUUAUACAAAAUAAGUAAAAGUAAACUACAAAAAAUGUUUAUUACUUAAAAGAAUUUUCUUUUUUAUUAUUUUUAAUUUUAAUUUUGGAACUAAACAAAACAAAUAUAUUGUAGAAAAAAAAAAAUACCUUUAAAAAAAUUUUAUAACUAAACCAAGUUUGUUUUUUAUUUAUAUAUUUUUUUGAAAAAUACUUCAAAAUCUCUACAAUUCAUGUUGUUAUUUAUUACAAAUUUAGUUUUUUUCCUCCUUUUUAUUUAAAUUUGUUUAUUGAAUUUGAGUUUUCGCCUAUAAAUUAUAUAUAAAAUUAAAUUGAAUUUUCAUAAAAAAAAAUCAUCAAGAUCCAAGAUUCAACGCUCAUUUGCAACAAAUUUAAAUUAAAUUAACAAAUAAAAUUAAAGAAAAUAUAAAAAAAAA